AUGUUGGAGAUCACGCCGCCCACGAGGAUAGCGAUGUUCCCGGCCAACUUCCGCGAGUUGCUUUUCGCACCGGCAGCACCCGCUAUUCCUCAAGCACAACAAACGCUCCAGCCCGGUCAGAUCUUCCAGCUCGCACAACCGAAAUGGCCCAGUGACGCUCUCAUGCCUUCCUUCUACGCUCUUGCGGCUACCACGAUCUUUUCAGCCUUCUUCAUGGUGGCCUUCAAAGAUCUUGCCGCUCUGAUCAACUACUUCUUUCGUUCAAAGCUCGGCGUUGCAGGCAAUCCGAUCUUCGGUAUGUCGCUGUCGCUGCUUGCAAUCACGAUGCUUAUCGUCACGUACGAGAACGACAUCAAGAAGCGGAGUGGGUAUUAUGCCGAAGGCUCAGAUCCACGGUACAUGGUCGGUUUCAGUGCGUUGGCUUCCUUAUGCGCAGUUUUCUGGGCGAGCAGUGUAGUUCAGACGCCUGCGUCAGCGGCAGACGAGACGGAAUCAGACGUAAUGGAACAAACAAAGGCGGAGGAGAUGAAAGGAUCAAGACGACAGCAAAAGAAGCAAGCAAAGCGCCAAGCAAAGAAGCUUACCGCCAAGCAAGAGUAG